AUGUAUGGAAGUGCAAGAACAAUCACCAAUCUGGAAGCCAGUCCUUCCAGAUCUCCUCGUUUGCCAAGGUCUCCUCGUUUGGGCCACAGAAGAACAAGCAGUGGGGGAGGUGGAGGAACAGGCAAGACACUGUCCAUGGAGAAUAUCCAGUCCCUUAAUGCAGCCUAUGCUACAUCUGGACCUAUGUAUCUGAGUGAUCAUGAGGGGGUGGCUUCAACAACUUACCCAAAGGGCACCAUGACUCUGGGAAGGGCCACAAAUCGAGCUGUAUAUGGUGGCCGAGUCACAGCCAUGGGGAGUAGUCCCAAUAUUGCUUCUGCUGGACUUUCCCACACAGAUGUUCUUUCAUACACGGAUCAACAUGGUGGUCUGACUAGCUCAUCCCAUCAUCACCACCACCAGGUCCCUUCCAUGUUGAGGCAGGUAAGGGAUAGCACAAUGUUAGACCUUCAAGCCCAGCUCAAGGAACUUCAGAGAGAGAAUGACCUCCUCCGGAAAGAACUAGACAUCAAGGACAGCAAGUUAGGAUCUUCCAUGAACAGUAUCAAGACCUUCUGGAGUCCUGAGCUCAAAAAGGAGAGAGUCUUGAGGAAAGAAGAGGCAGCCCGAAUGUCUGUCCUCAAGGAGCAGAUGAGGGUUUCCCAUGAAGAAAAUCAGCACCUGCAGUUGACAAUCCAAGCCCUUCAGGAUGAGCUUCGGACCCAGAGAGACCUCAAUCACCUCCUGCAGCAAGAGAGUGGCAACCGUGGAGCUGAGCACUUCACCAUUGAGCUGACUGAGGAGAACUUCCGGCGGCUCCAAGCUGAGCAUGACAGACAAGCUAAGGAGCUGUUCCUUUUAAGGAAGACCUUAGAGGAAAUGGAGCUGAGAAUUGAAACACAGAAACAGACCCUCAACGCCCGAGACGAGUCGAUUAAAAAGCUUCUUGAGAUGUUGCAAAGUAAAGGUUUGCCUUCUAAAAGUCUCGAGGAUGACAAUGAACGGACACGGCGGAUGGCAGAGGCUGAGUCUCAAGUCAGCCACUUAGAAGUGAUUUUAGACCAGAAAGAGAAGGAAAACAUACAUCUUAGAGAGGAAUUGCACCGAAGGAGCCAACUUCAGCCGGAGCCAGCAAAGACGAAGGCUCUCCAGACUGUCAUUGAAAUGAAGGACACAAAAAUCGCUUCAUUGGAGCGAAACAUAAGGGAUCUGGAGGAUGAGAUCCAGAUGUUAAAAGCCAAUGGUGUGCUGAACACUGAGGACCGCGAAGAAGAGAUCAAACAAAUAGAGGUUUACAAAAGUCACUCCAAGUUCAUGAAAACCAAGAUUGAUCAACUGAAGCAGGAGCUUUCAAAGAAGGAGUCAGAACUUCUUGCCUUACAAACAAAGCUUGAAACCCUUAGCAAUCAAAAUUCAGAUUGCAAGCAACACAUUGAAGUGCUUAAAGAGUCGCUUACUGCCAAAGAACAGAGGGCUGCCAUCCUUCAGACCGAGGUGGAUGCGCUGAGGUUACGAUUGGAGGAGAAAGAAUCUUUUCUCAAUAAAAAAACAAAACAGCUGCAGGACCUAACGGAAGAGAAGGGGACACUGGCUGGAGAGAUUCGAGACAUGAAGGACAUGUUAGAAGUGAAGGAAAGAAAAAUCAAUGUUCUUCAGAAGAAGAUUGAAAACUUGCAAGAACAGCUUAGAGAUAAAGACAAACAACUAACCAAUCUGAAAGACAGAGUAAAGUCCUUGCAGACGGAUUCCAGUAAUACGGAUACUGCGCUAGCAACACUCGAAGAGGCUUUGUCAGAAAAGGAGAGAAUAAUUGAGCGUUUGAAAGAACAGCGGGAGAGAGAUGAUCGGGAAAGACUAGAAGAGAUAGAAUCUUUCCGGAAAGAGAACAAAGAUCUGAAAGAGAAGGUCAAUGCUUUACAAGCUGAACUGACUGAAAAAGAGUCUAGUUUAAUUGACCUCAAGGAACAUGCAUCUUCAUUAGCCUCAGCAGGACUGAAAAGGGACUCCAAAUUAAAAUCUCUAGAAAUAGCCAUUGAACAAAAGAAAGAAGAAUGUAGCAAAUUGGAAGCACAGUUAAAAAAGCAAGCUGAGCAGUUGUUCAAUCAGAUGUACAAUCCAGCUCAUAAUGUUGAAGAUGACUCCAGGAUGAACCCCGAGUUUGCAGACCGAAUAAAACAACUUGAUAAAGAGGCAUCUUACUACCGUGAUGAGUGUGGCAAGGCCCAAGCGGAAGUUGACCGGUUGCUGGAGAUCCUCAAGGAGGUGGAGAAUGAAAAGAAUGACAAGGACAAGAAGAUUGCAGAACUUGAGAGCUUGACUCUCAGGCAUAUGAAGGAUCAGAAUAAGAAGGUGGCCAACCUCAAGCACAACCAACAGUUGGAAAAGAAGAAAAAUGCCCAAUUACUGGAAGAAGUCCGCAGGCGAGAAGAUAGCAUGGCUGACAACUCACAGCACUUGCAGAUAGAGGAGCUGAUGAAUGCAUUGGAGAAGACCCGACAGGAACUGGAUGCCACCAAGGCACGCCUGGCCUCCACGCAGCAGUCCCUGGCUGAAAAAGAAGCGCAUUUAGCCAACCUCCGGAUAGAAAGGAGAAAACAGCUGGAGGAGAUCCUGGAGAUGAAACAGGAAGCGCUGCUUGCGGCAAUCAGUGAAAAAGAUGCAAAUAUUGCCUUGCUGGAAUUGUCUGCUUCCAAAAAGAAAAAGACACAGGAAGAAGUUAUGGCCCUCAAGCGGGAAAAAGAUCGACUUGUGCAUCAGUUAAAGCAGCAGACCCAGAACAGAAUGAAGCUGAUGGCAGAUAACUACGACGAGGACCACCACCAUUACCACCACCACCACCACCACCACCACCACCGAUCUCCUGGGAGGUCGCAACAUUCCAAUCACAGGCCCUCUCCCGACCAGCUCCUAGGCCAGGUGUACUUUGGUGAGCUACCUGAUCUUUCUUCCUGCGCCUUCUUGCUAUAUCUGCACAAAGAGCCUCCCAACACCUGUGUCGUGGGGCAACGCAUACAAGACGUCGAUCUCAACAUCUGGUUUUUAAUAACCCUGGACAUCUGGGAGCUCCUUUUUAAUCCUAUGGUGGACGAGGCACAGUAG